AUGUCCAACCACAGUCGACAGACUUGGAUUCAAAAGGAACCUCAUACGAGACCAUCUUUAAAGGCGGAAACGACGGACUUAGGAAACAAUUUUGCAAAGGUUCCCGACACCGGACUCCCAGUCGAAGAUAGUUCGGAAAUCCCGGCUGGAACGACUUCAUACGUUGUGUCCUCCUCUACCUACUCUGCCGAGACGAAGACUCUUCACCGAGAGACUUUCACCGGUAGCAGAGAGUUUCCCGGUAAAUCUGUAAGGGAUCAUGAUCUUCUCGCCAUACCCGCCCAAGACAUGGAAAAGGCUAUCACGGAUCACCAAGGAUUCCAACGCUGA